AUGAGGAUAGCCGGGCUUCUUCUAUUUAUUGGGCUGUGUGUGUUCGGUGUCACAUCCUCUCUGAAAAUCUGUGCCUUCAAUGUUCAGAGUUUUGGUGAAUCAAAGGCAAACAACAAAAGGGUCAUGGGUCUUCUACUGAAGAUUGUUUCUCGGUGCGACUUGUGCCUCAUUCAGGAGGUCCGAGACUCUAAAGGAGAAGCAAUAAAAGCUUUGGUUAAGGAUCUGAAUAGAUUCGACAAAUCCAACUCCUAUUCCUACGUGGAAAGUGAAAGACUUGGGAGGAAGACCUACAAAGAACAAUACGUCUACAUUUACAGGAAGAACAUGCUGACGAUCAAAGAGCACUUCCAACAUCCUAAACUGGAGGCAGAGGGAACCAAUGAGACUGAAGUUUUUUCCAGGGAGCCUUUUGUCAUCCGCGUUCAGUCCCCCACUACAUUGGUGAAGGAUUUUGUCCUGAUUGGGCAGCAUACUUGUCCUAAAUCAGCCAUGAAGGAGAUUGAUGAGCUCUACGGUGUCGUCAAACAGAUUCACAAGAAGUGGAAAACGGACAAUGUGAUCAUCCUGGGAGACCUAAAUGCCGGCUGCAACUAUGUCACCAUUAAAGGGUGGAAAGCUGUGCGUCUGAGGAAUAACCCCAAAUUUCAUUGGCUAAUAGGAGACGAACAAGACACGACAGUCAGAGAGAGGACUCGGUGCGCCUAUGACAGGAUUAUUGUUCACGGGCAGGAGAUUAUUUCUGGUGUGGUUCCUGGUUCAGCUCAAGUAUUUAACUUUAAGGAGAAUUUCCAUCUCACAGAGCAAGAGGCUCUUGAAGUAAGCGAUCAUUUUCCUGUUGAAGUUGACCUGAAACCCACUCAUCGCUACCUACUCCGCAACGAGCUGUAG